AUGUCGCGUCGGCUGUCGCUGCUACGGCGUGCCGAGACGCGUCUUCAAGAACUAGAAGCUGAGUCGCUCCACGAGGCUCUUCCUGAAGGGUUCAAUACAUCUCAAGAGUCAAUCAAGGAAACUCCCAGAAAACAGGUCAAACCGGCUUCUCCGGUCUCUACACUUCUUAAUAUUGCCAAUGGGGCCAUCUGGGGCGUUUUGGCUCGAAAGGGGCUCAUGGCACUCACCACCUACGAAGGUCUGUUCUUGGGAGGAGUGAUCUGGGCCAAUUUCGCUGCUUGUGUGGUUAUGGGGAUGUUUGUGGCGCUGGAAAAGGUGUGGCUGGCGCUUACGGCGGCUGGGUUUGCUGGGAAGGGCGUGGUGCCGGUUUAUGUUGGGGUCACGACGGGGUUUUGUGGGACUUGUUCGUCGUUUUCAACGUUUAUACUUGAAGUGUUCAAUAAGGCGGCAGAUACGCUUCCACGGCUGUACGAGUAUCCUACGGCGGGUUACGGGGUCAUGGAGGCGUUGCUGGUGGUGAUAGCUCAUGUCAGCGUUUCAGUUUCAGGCUUUCAUAUGGGUAAACACCUUAUGGGCGCUGUGGAUGAGAAGUUGCCUGUUUUGACCCCUGGCGGGUUCCAGAAGCUUAAUCUUGUGAGCUGCUGUGUGGGAAUUGCUGCUUAUAUUGUGGAUAUCGUGCUUAUUUGCACUCAGGACUAUGGAACGUGGUGUCUGUGGCUCUUUCUGGUGCUUUUUGCGCCCUGGGGCGCUUUUCUACGGUACUACCUUCUGAAGUACUUGAAUAGCAAGGUUAAGGACUUUCCCUUGGGCACGUUUACGGCCAAUAUGGUCGGGUGCCUUUUGCUAGCGGUUUUCACGUUGAUUGCUCGUGGAAGAAGCUUGGAUAAUCGGUCUGUUCAGAUCGUAACUAAUGUUGUGGGAUGUCAUGUGCUUAUGGGCCUUGACGAUGGCUUCUGUGGUGCUCUUACGACGGUUUCGACGUUUGUCGUAGAGCUUUUUGGGCUCCUGACGCUUCACAGUUAUAUUUACGGAACGGCUUCUGUCUUGGCAGGUUUCUGCAUUAUGGUCUUGUUGCUAGGGCUGUACAACUGGGCCGUGGGCCUUCUUCCUGCGGUGUGUCACUAG